AUGGCUCUCACAAAAAACUCCUUAGUCCUUCUUUGCCUCUUAUGCUUCUAUUCUGAAACCGUCAACUCGCAGAACUGUGGUUGUUCCCCGGACCAGUGUUGUAGUCAGUACGGUUAUUGCGGUACGGGUAAUGAAUUCUGUGGUCCCGGUUGCCAAUCAGGUCCUUGCACUGGAACCCAACCCAAUGGUGUUGGUAGCAUUGUGUCCCAAGCUUUCUUUAAUAGUAUUAUCAACAAGGCCGGUAAUGACUGCGCCGGAAAAACUUUCUACACGCGUGAAUCUUUCAUUAACGCAGCUAAUACUUUCCCCAACUUUGUCAAUUCCGUUACUAAGCGUGAAAUUGCUACUAUGUUUGCUCAUUUCACCCAAGAAAUCGGAUAUUUCUGCUACAUAGAAGAGAUAAACGGAGCCUCACAAAAUUACUGCGAUGACGUAAAAUACCCACAAUACCCAUGUGCCUCGGGCAAAAAGUACUACGGUCGUGGUCCGAUUCAACUAUCAUGGAACUACAACUACGCACCGUGUGGUCAGAGUCUCGGUCUCGACCUUCUAGGUCAGCCUGAGCUUGUGGGUAGCAAUCCAACUGUAGCUUUCAGGACAGCUUUGUGGUUUUGGAUGAAUAACGUAAGGCCGGUACUAGACCAAGGAUUUGGAGCCACCAUUCGAGCCAUCAAUGGAAGACUAGAGUGUAACGGUGCGAGUCCCGAUAAGGUUAAUGCAAGGAUUGGGUACUAUAGAGACUAUUGUGGGCAGCUUGGUGUGGACCCUGGUCCUAACCUUAGCUGCUAA